GCCGCAGAGCGCUGCUCGAGCCUCGUGGAGGGCCCGCGCCCGGAGCCGCCGCUGCCCGCCGUGUCGGCGGCGGGAGGAGGCGGAGGGGCUGCGGCUGAGUUCAGCGUUAGCCCCCUCCCUCGUACAGCCGUCGGAGGAGAAGAUUUAUCAACAGACUGCAGCUUCUUCACUGCCAAAAUGACAUCAUUUUCCACCUCUGCCCAGUGUUCAACAUCUGACAGUGCUUGCAGGAUCUCUCCAGAACAAAUCAAUCAGGUACGACCAAAACUGCCACUUCUGAAGAUUUUGCAGGCAGCAGGUGCACAAGGUGAAAUGUUCACUGUUAAAGAGGUCAUGCACUAUCUAGGCCAGUACAUAAUGGUGAAGCAGCUUUAUGACCAGCAGGAGCAGCAUAUGGUAUACUGUGGUGGAGAUCUUUUGGGAGAACUACUAGGACGUCAGAGCUUCUCCGUAAAAGAUCCAAGCCCUCUCUAUGAUAUGCUAAGAAAGAAUCUUGUCACUUUAGCCACUGCUUCUACAGAUGCCGCUCAGACUCUCGCUCUCGCACAGGAUCACAGUAUGGAUAUUCCAAGUCAAGACCAACUGAAGCUUUCCCUUUUUUUUCAGCAAAGUGCAGAGGAAAGUUCCAAUUCCAGGAAAAGAAUUGAAGAAGGGAAUAUUCCUACACUGUCUACCUCACAGCAUAAAUGCAAAAAUUCUAGAGAAGAUGAAGACUUGAUAGAAAAUUUAACUCCAGAUGAGACGUCUAGGCUGGACCUUGGGUUUGAGGAGUGGGAUGUGGCCGGCCUGCCUUGGUGGUUUUUAGGAAACUUAAGAAACAACUAUACCCCUAGAAGUAAUGGCUCAACUGAUUUACAGACAAAUCAGGAUAUAGGUACUGCUGUUGUUUCAGACACCACGGAUGACUUGUGGUUUUUGAAUGAGUCAGUGUCAGAGCAGUUUGGUGUUGGAAUAAAAGUUGAAGCUGCCGAUACCGAACAAACAAGUGAAGAAGUAGGGAAAGUGCGAGACAAAAAGGUGAUUGAAGUGGGGAAAAAUGAUGACCUGGAGGACUCGAAGUCCUUAAGUGAUGACACUGAUGUAGAAGUUACCUCUGAGGAUGAGUGGCAGUGUACUGAGUGCAAGAAAUUUAACUCUCCAAGCAAGAGGUACUGUUUUCGUUGCUGGGCCUUGAGGAAGGAUUGGUAUUCAGAUUGUUCUAAGUUAACCCAUUCUCUUUCCACAUCUGAUAUCACUGCCAUACCCGAAAAGAAGGAAAAUGAAGGAAUUGAUGUCCCUGAUUGCCGAAGAACCAUUUCAGCUCCAGUUGUUAGACCUAAAGAUGUAUAUAUAAAGGAAGAAAACCCCAAACUUUUUGAUCCCUGCAAUUCAGUGGAAUUCUUGGAUUUGGCUCACAGUUCUGAAAGCCAAGAGACCAUAUCAAGCAUGGGAGAACAAUCAGAUAACCUUUUUGAACAGAGAACAGAUACAGAAAACAUGGAGGAUUGCCAGAAUCUCCUGAAGCCAUGUAGCCUAUGUGAGAAAAGACCACGAGAUGGGAACAUUAUUCAUGGGAGGACAGGUCAUCUUGUUACUUGUUUUCACUGUGCCAGAAGAUUAAAGAAGGCUGGGGCUUCGUGCCCUAUUUGCAAGAAAGAGAUUCAGUUGGUUAUCAAGGUUUUUAUAGCAUAGCUGAAUCAAUGAAUUGUAGAUAAAUAUUAAUAAGGCCAGACGAUAUCUCAAAACGUCAGUAUUGACCAUCUCUACUGAGUGCGACCCGUUGCUUCUGUUGAUUUAUUCAUCUAAACAUCUGUGUUCCAGGACAUAUUUGCUUCUAAACCUACAUGGAAUUUGAGAAGGAGUUCUUUAGAACUAGGUUAUCAGUUUGGGGGCUCCAUUAACAAUAUGAAAAGAUAUGUUAAUCACUUCAUUCUCCGUCAAAGUUGAGGAUCCUAGGAGGGAGAAGCUACCAGUACAAACAAAAAUUGAUUCAUCGAUUUACCAGGUUACUUAAAGAGUAAUCAUUUCUUUAGUUAAUUUUAUUCCCUACUCUUCUUUUCUAUUAGGGAAUGUUCUUAGGCAUCAAAAUGCAAGGUUGCUAUUAGAAAAAUAUAAAAGCUACCAAUGAAAAACCUUAAUUUGAUUAGUCAAGCUACAUAGUAUGUAGAUCACUUGAUGUUGCGAUCAGGCUGCAUGAUUCAGAGAAGCCAAAAGAGAAGUCUUGAAAAAUGAGAUUUCUUGCAUGUGUGCCUAGAAAAAUUACAUCAAACAUUUUUGUGAACAUAUCCCUAAAAGAAUUUUGAGAAAGUAUAUGUAAUCUUUUGCACAUGUAAAAAAUUGAGGUAUAUUAGCAAACAGUCAAGUGUUCCUUUCUGCUGGUUGUAGACAUCUAAAUAACCACCCAAAAUAAGCUACAGAGCGUCUCUGUUACUGCACAAUUUUUCCUGUGCCCUCCACUGUUUCAUGGCUCUCACCCUAGAUUACUUUUCCUUUUGCACAGGUUUAAUUUAGCAUCUAGAUUUUUUAAACAAAUUUAAGUACUUAGGAUAUACUAUCCAGUGUAUUCUAUAUGUGCUUUAAAGAUAUUUUUAUCAAAGCCUGGGAGCUGUAGAUUUAGCUGAUUAAAUUUAUAGAAAAAAGUCCUGGCAUAAAUUGGCAAAGCCUAUUCUUAUUAUAAAAUUAAUCAGCCAAAUUAGACUUCACUUUCAGUCAGAAAAUAUUUGAAUUUAUUUUUGAUUCAAAUAAAUGUAUUAACAUAUGUCUCUGGCACAGCCUUGUGAAUUGCAGUUCUAAGAAAGAAAGAUAAGGCACAGAAUUUUUAACCAAAGCGCUCUUUGCUUUACUCUGUCCUCACUCUUGAGAGUCCUCUGGGGGUUUUAUCCUUUCAUUUGAUGCCUCUAGAGAUUUUUUACACUCUGAGGCAGUGCCUCAUAGAAAGAUUCUAGAUGGGUGAGAGGCAGCCUUUCUUUUGAAAAUAGGGAGUAUGGCUGUUAUGAAAAGGAAAUACAGAAAUGGUCGAUCUGAAGAGGGCUCAUCUGAGCACAUAAAUCUUAGGACAUUACGUAUGGAAAUUAAAGAUCUUUAAAUUGAUAUCCUGUGUCAUUUUGAAGACCAAGGCCCUAGAAUUAUCAAAUUUAAAGAUCAUAAUAGUUUCCUGGAUUGCUUGUUAAAACU